AGUGCACUGGACUCUGAACUUCAUGCUUGCAUCGAUCUCUGCAAAGAAGGCAUUUUAUUUUUUGAUUCCGCAUAGUCUUCCAAAACAACCACAUCUGGAUCAAAAUUUAUGAAGAAAGCAAAUAAUUAUCGUGAUGGCAAAACUGCGAAAUUUGUAGCCUAAUAUUGGCUAGUUUCCCAGCAUAUCUUGCAGACGUGGAAUGGAAAAACAUGGCCGCUUCUUCGUUCUUUGGUUGAUGUUUUGAAAACAAAUGAAACCUUUCAUGAUUUAGAGUAAAUUAACUUUGAUGCCGCUAAUUAAGUGUUGUAUUACAGUUCACACCACAAAUGGCAUCAAUUCAAAAUAACCCUGUUCGAGGAAGCCAGGAACAACCUCCAUCUAUUUCGGGCGAAGCGAAUGUCGGCAAGAAAAGAACGUCCAAAUCGCGCUCGAAAGUUUGGGAGAAAGUCAUUUGGUUUACAGGAAAGGCAAAAGGCGACAAAGACAACAAAGCUGGCUCGGAAACACUCGCUACCUCUUCAGAUUUGCGUAAAAACAAUAUUGAAGGGGACGUGUAUUGUCUUUGCGUGGAAAACAACGGAUACCACAACAAGACGAGUAAAAAAUUGCGGAAAGUCCGAAGUUUCAAUUAUUUGAAACGUCGAAAAGUUCGACAGUUUGGCGAUCAGUUAGGCUCAGCUGCCGUCGUGGAGGGAGUUAACGCAGAUGAGUGUGACACAGCGACAGGGACUUUUCAUGACUUUGAAUCGGACCGAAGGAUAUCUCGACACGAAAGGCCUGCUAGUUUGCAUAGUAACAACAUCAGCAGCGAAAUGCCGCAAGGGAAUAAUCUUCCACAAUUAGAAAACGAGAACUUGAAAAGCGCCUUAGCCCUACGUGGAAACGAUUUGUUAUUGCACGGAGGCUGUGUUGGCAAAAUACGUAAGUCUCCAAGUUUUCAUCGAGUAAGGCGCGCUGUCAGUUUUACAGGCCCUGCGUACAACAGCUGGCCAAGAACAAAGCCGCGGAAUAAGAAAAAUGACUUAGAUUGCCCAAGACAUUGUUUUUCUACUGGACCUAGACUGUUUUCUGAAGAUCACCUACUCCUGGAAAUGGCAGCUCUUAAAUCUUGCACACCAGAUUUGAAAGAGAAAAGUGCAGAACCUAAAAAGAAAAGCGAUUUUUUAAGUGAUGGUAGCUUCCCUCGCUUGGGUGAAAACAGUGCGGAUAGAAAUAACAACGACAACAGUGAUUCUUUUGAGGCUUUGGGGGAUUGUGGAAGUAUUUGUAUUGCUACUAGUUCAGAUUAUUCUAAGGAUAAUUUGGCCAAGGAGAAAAUAAUGGUGUUGUCUUGUAUGCCCGAAAUCCCAGUAGACGAUGGGAGAAGUUUAAGCUUUUCUGAUGAUAGGAAUCUUAUAAAGGAUAUUGAUGUUCCAGAUAAACAGUCAAAAUCUGCGCUUAAAUACAAACUUUGUGAUGAAAACAUAAAUGGAUCUGAUGAGCCAGGGAAUUAUUCUGAACGUUGCCCUGAAUCACAAGAGUUGAAAGCUGUUAAACACCCUGGUAACAACGAUUCUUCGGCCACCUUAACAGAGGGUUCUUUACCUCUGAAGACUCUUGAUAUAGCGUCAGCUGAGAACAACGUCAAGCCUGGCUUUAUUGUUAUUCAAAGUGAUGCUCAAAAACCAUUUAUUUGUAGCUCAUGUUCACCUGACGUUUAUGAAAAUGUUGAUGAGACAACUGAUUCUCCCUCUUCUUGUGGUGGGUCUCAAAUUUUACAGGGAAGAAUUAAAACACCACGGCCAAGAAAGUCAGUUAUUAAUGGACAACAGUUCAAAAAGAAUACAGAGGUAUUUUGUUAAUGAAUAGUGCAGAUGAAGGCCUCCAGUUAAUGGUAUAGGAGAGGUUUCCUUGUAUAGAUUUUUUGUUGAAAACCAUUGGCAAGAGGUCACAAUUGGCAAACUGGUUAAGAUCAUUAGGGAAACAGAGCAAGGGAAUAUUGUGUUGCAUUCUUAAGAAACAUGUUUUUUUCAAUGUCUUCCUGGCUCCAGCUGUUCAAAAAGCGGAUUAAGCUAACCACUUGAUAAAUCCCUAUCCAAUGGAUAACACAAUGUUGGUUUUUCUAACACUUAUCUGCUGGAUAGUGAUUUUUCUAUUGGAUAGUAAUAUCCAGCAUUUGAACAACUGAGGCCAGAUGACUAAGAUGUGAUCUUUUGGCCUUAAGUGUUACCAAUAAGAAAACCAAACAUUUCAGUUUCAGAUGACUCUCCAAAUCAUGUACGACUAACUCUAAGGUCUCUGUUCAAUGACCUCUCUCAACUCACUCUCUGUGAGGUGCUCUCCAAGGAAGGUGUGGCCCAUCCUUAGAAUUUCUUCCUCACUGGAUAUUGAUUCUUUACAGUAUGAGAGAGUUUUUCCCCCCUACGGAAGUUUUUUCUUCCUUUAGGAAGAGGAUGCUAUUAGGCUAAGCUUUAGUUUGGUAAGAUGCUUGAGUUAAGGCUUAACCCUUUAAGCCCUAAGAGUGAUCAGUGUGAAAUUUCUCCUUAUAGUAUCAAUGCUUUAGAAAACAGAGUGGUCAUGAGAAUUGGAUACAUGAUCAGGGAAGACGAGUCUAAUUGAUAUUUCAACAAAUUCUCCCCACUACUUCUAUUGAAAAAGUAUAGGGACAGUAAGUGAGAAUCUCAAUUUUGAUCUCAGGGUUUAAAGGGGUAAAGCCCCAAUAUCCUAAAACAAAUUCUCUAGACCCAUCUUCAUGUAACUAAUAAUUGGUCAAGAGAAUUUGUUUGAGGAUCAAAGCAUUUUACUGUAAGUGAUCAUUUUAUUAAUUCACAUACUCUGAACUCGUCUUUUGAUUAAGUAUUGACAAUAUUAGGAGAAAAUUGAUGUCGGUCAAUUUUGGGGCUUUUAGGUUUAAGAGUGCACGGUAACCACCUUUUUUGGCUUUGUAGGUUAUUUUGCACUGGUUCAGGGAAUUUAAUGAUGCACAGAAGAAUAUUCUGAUCAAACAACUUCUGGUAAGUUUUACUUUUAAUUUCUGCAAAAUCAGGUAUCUAUGUAACAAGACAACAUUAAAUUCAGGUUAAAUUUUUUUAACCUAGGUCGAUUCUCAAUUUCCUUUGUCUCCUAGCUCUGAUUAUUAAUUUUGACAUGUAACAUCUACGCGUAUGUACAAAACCCUGAAAGAGACUUUGUUUUCCUCUGUCUUCAUGGUGUAUUUAAUUCCUUGUUUUUGGAUGUGCAAUUUUCCUGGCAAAUGUGAGUCAUCAGUCACAAAUGACGUGAUUAGUUUAAUAAUAAUAAUAAUAAUGUUGGGCCAAACAACAAAAAAAUUUCUAUGAUUGAACAUGGAAACAUAAUGCUUAUUUAAAUUUUCUCCUUAAUUUUGUUUUUAUGAAUAUUUUUUUUCAUGUUUGUAAAUAAACGUGAAGACCCCAAAUUGUGUUAUUAAUUAGUAAAAUUAUGUAAAUCUAAUAAACCAAGUUUGGAGAACAAGCAAUUGAUUGGUUUCCAAAAAAAGACUAAUUCCAAUUGGUGCAAAAUAAAAAUAAUAUAAACUAAAUUGUGUGUUGAUGGAGCUAAUGAGGUAUAAGUUGUGUUUACUUCAAAAAAAGGAAAAAAUUAUAUACAGUUUUGUAAUUUUUUUUUUGAGAUGUGCUCUGUUACAAUUUUUAGCUGCUAUGGUUUUGUCAUGGAUCAUGCUCAGGUUAAGUUAACAUGUCACAAAACUUUAAUGUUGUUUCUCUAGUUAAUCUGGAUACUGCGUAGCACAAAAUUUUCGCAGGAGUUUAGUUUUGCAGAUUGGCUUUUUUUGUGUGUUUUGCAAGAACUAAUUUUUGCAAUUAGGACAGUCUGAUUGUUUUUUCUUGCUAGGCUUUUUUGCAAUUUUCAGCAAGUUCCCGACAAAUCAUUCUUUUUAUUUUCAUUUUUAUUGAGUAGGUGAGAAUUCAAUACUUAUUUUCCAACAAUACUACAAUGUGCGUACCCUAUGUAAAACUAGUAAUACAGAUUAGGUACCUUUAGUUGUCAUUCGAUUACAACAACAUAUGCAGUGACUGAUUGUCCUAAGAUUGAUCAGAAGUGAUCUCAUUAUCAGCUGAUGCCUUAUCUUUAUCAAUUCCACUAUCUUCUCCUUCCAAGUAGUCUUUGUAGCAAAUUUAAGGGAAAAUGUUUGCAAUAAUUUUUUUUAAGGAAACUCAUUUUUGCAGAUUGCAAAAAUCAUAAAGAUUAGAACCCACAAAAACUUGGUGCCACACGGUAUACAGUCAGUUCUUUUGACGUUAGAAAGAUCACAGACAAUAUUCCUACAUGUAUGUAAACUCACAACACGUUCUCACGGCUGACUUGUCUCUGUUGUUUUGUCAUAAGACUGAGGGUUAAAAAAAGUCUAGGAAAACAUUCUUUUCACUCCUAAGAAAAGUUAUAAUGAGUACUAAUUUAUGAUAACCACUUUUCUUGCAGCACGCGCUGUAAAUAUAAAAACUGUGCAUUUAGCGGAGUUGAGAAAAUUAUUACAGUCAAACCGAGAAAACCGUGAACACCGGAAAUAUUUCUGGAAUGUUAUUGUCAGUGUUGCAAGAAAAAAGCCAAUCAGGCGUGAGAAAACUGAACCGCUAGUUUGUGGUUUUGUGGCUAGUUCGCAUGUCCUGAUCUUUGCUGUGAUUGGUCACAAUAAACAUCCCUGUGAUAUUUCAAGUGUUCGAGGUUUUCCUGGUCACACUGUAAGAUUAGACUUUUUUUAUUCAAUUUGUUGAAUGUUUUGAUUUAAGUUUAAGUGGCAUGUUUUUCAGAUUGUUUAGUGCUAGGGGCAAAAAUACUAUUGCACUUGCAGUUUGUAAAUAAUAUUAUACAAUAGAAGAAUGUUGCCUGUGAAUACAGCCAGAGAGGCAACUGUACCUAUACAACAGAAAUUCAACAUCUUUGACAUAAAAUCUGUCCAGAAUCUGGUCAGGAGCUCUGAUAUGUAAACAUAGUGGCUGUUAUAUUGUUUUAACUAUUGUUUGUUAAUGACAGACAGAAGAAAAAAGGUCACAAAGGUCAAAUGUAAAAGCAAUGAUUCUACUUCGAAAGAGUCAUUAUUCAUGGCAGAUAUUCUUCUGUAGAAGAAGCAUCUUGGUUUGGCUACAGCUUGUUCACAGGAGAUUACAAAACUUUACCAUACUAGACCAGUCGAACCAUUAACUCAAACAAAUUUAAAUUUGUAUCUCCAUGACUACCAGAAAAAUUAUAUAUGCAAACAAUGAUUUACAUCAUCAUGUUAGAAUUUCUGUCGUUGAGGCGCAGAUAUCUCCCUUGCAAAACAUCCUCAGGGGCUCCUGAAGUUGCAAACUCCUGCAUCUCUCUAAAGGAGGUGGCAACUCAAGGAGACAGCUGAAAUUCAGCCUAUGUGGAACAAGGAGAGACAGUUGUAUUUGUAGGCUUAGAAGAACAAGACUAACCCAUCAGAAUAACUCAUCCAAAGACUGCAGUCUGUUCUUAAGUGUCAUGUAAAUGGCGGUCAUAUUUUUAGACACAGUUUCAAUUUUUAUGGCAAGUCUCAAAGAUUGAUAAGAAGAUGAUAACAAGCAAACUUGCUUCUGGAAACUAAGUAGUGAAACAGAGUUAAAGACCGUUGCCUUAACCAUUGAAAUUUCUAAUUUGCAGGAAGAAUGUGAGUUACCACAGAUGCACAUGCUUUCCAUCACCAUGGAGCCAAUCUUGCACAAAAAUUGUCCUCCAAACUGUCAAGACAUCCUUGCCUGGUUGCCACAUCAUGUCGCUAUACAUGUUCUCUCCUUCCUUGAUUUAGGUAAUAAGAAUUACAGUAACUAAUUAACAGGCUAUUUUGAACUUUCAGAAGCCAUUACAUGUUGUACUUUCUAAAUGUGCCCAAGUGUGAAACUUUCUUGUGAAAAUGAACUUUAUUUACACGCGAAUAGAAAAGCUAUUUGUUACAUCAAAAUACUUUGCAUUGUACCUCGUUUUGAAAAAAGGCUGAUUUAGCAACAAGACGGGAACGUCAACUGAUGACGGGAAAGCCUACAGAAAGGACUAAACUUGACUUCCAGGCCCAAUUUGUCGCUCUGCCAUUGGUCAAGCCAGUUGUAUGAUUUGCGCCCGCUGUCGUCAACUGACGUUCUUGUUCUGUUGCUAAAUCAGCCUAAUAAGGCUUGAGGCAAUUCAGAAUCAACCUAUUGAAGAAUGUGUAGGUCCACAAAAUAUCCUUAUCUCCCCAACUGAGGGGAUUUUAUCUUAGACCCUACCUCCACUCCUCAGAAAAUUCCCUUUAAGCUUCAUAGAUUUCUUUUAAAUUUAUUGUCGUUGAGAACCCCUCCUUUCUCAAGAAUUUCCAAUAAUGUCUGAGGGGGAGGGGGCUGGAGAUUCUCUAGAACUACACAAUAUCUCAACUUUGCAAAUGACCAAUCUUUUCCAAUCACAGUGAAACAAAACCUUGACUCAAAUACAUUUUUGUUUCUCUUUCAGUUAGUUUAUGUCAUUGUAGUCAAGUAAACCGUGCCUGGAACAGUUUAGCUAGUACUCCAUCGUUGUGGCAGAACUUAUGUGGGUAUGUAAUUUAUACAUUCUGUUUUUUUAUAUAAUAAAGAAAUUACAAUGUAAUGGCAAUUCGUAAUGUCAUUUUGUAAAACAUGGAGAAACAAUUAGUGCCAUGCCCAGGUUGGAUGGUGGGGGUGCCGCCUGGGGUCUUAUGAGGGUGACACAAACAAAAACUGAUACCCUUUUUAUGGCCCAAAUCAAGGAAAAGAGACUGCCCUUUCUAAGCAAUGUUUUUCUCCAAAAUAUUCCAUUUUUUUAAUGACAUUUUCUGAACAAUUUUGUUGCUGAUUGUAAUGUCAUGGAUGAGAGGAGAACAGUACACAUCCCCUUUGUACUAUAAUAUAAAAGAUACGUGUACGUGUACAUCUUAAGUCUUCAUAAUAAUGCCAAUGGGAGUAAAGAAGAUAACUUUGCCAUUCAUCUUUUUACCUUCACUCAUCAGUCAGCCUGAGUGGCAGUUAUCUAGAAUUGGUGAAGAGAAAGAAAGGAAAAAUUACACCAAAGAAGAUGGCACAGUGCAGGUAUUGUCAAAAACCAUCAUAAUAAGCAUUGCAUGGUUGACUGAGUAUGAUGUUAAAGCAACUGGAUAUUUGCAGCCAAGUUCUUUGGUCGAUAGUCGGAUGAAGUCAAGAUUACUCCAUUUGUUGUACUAAAACAGGCAGGAUAAAUAAGGCUCUUCAUGUCCACUCUUGCCUUACCAUAACCUGCCGCUUGUAAGCCCCGCCCAUCCUAAGCCCCUCCCUCCUAGUUAUAAGCCCAUGUACUUAUAUCAUCCAAUAAUUGUUUAGUAUUUGUUUAUUUAAUAAACAAAUACUAAACAAUUAUUGGAUGAGGUUUUUGUGAUAUCCGCAAUAAUCAAGGUUGAGGUAAGUGUUAUCAGCAGAGCCGAAGGCAGAGGCUGAUGAAACUUUCAAAGACCUUGAUUAUUCCGGAUAUUACAGAAACCGAAUCUAAUAAUUUUUUUAUUAUACAUUAUUUUGAAAUAAAUAGCAACAAAUACACCAUCACAUUGAACUGAUUUGACAUUGCUUUUGGAAAUCAUGCAUUGCACGUGUAACCUACAGAUUAGUCAGUUAUCUGCUAGCAGAUAACUAACUAAUCAUCAUUGAGAUUACAUGAAGAGAUUUUUUCCGGGGCUUAAAUCUCCAGUCCAGGUAUCACAAAUAGGGAUGGAAAUAACUUUAGACUGGUCAAAUGGGUUGAAAAAAACCUUAAUGUAAUUGCAUUCAAAUUACAGAACAUUUAAUAGGGGGGUCACGUAUGUCCCUAGUCUGAAUUUAAAGAUCUUUGCUUUCGUAUAUUGAGGAGGAAGCCAUCCACUGUCAGUGUACCCUAUGAACUGGGACGCAAAAGCUUUCCUUCAAAUUUUCCCACCUUACUCAUUAUUCUAAACAUUGAGCCAUAGUUGAAAGUUUGCCAUAUAAAAUCAACAACAUUUCAGUCCAAUGAGCUGACAGAAUUUCAGCCUGGCAUUAAAUUCGCCAUGUAAUAAGCCCUGUAGCCCAACUUACUCCCAAUACUGUUUUGUUUUAGUGGAAGAAGAUGUUUGCUUCAAGGUACCUUUUACAUCAGAAUUGGUUAAAAGGAAAAUGUAGUGUCCGCACAUUUGAGGGUCACACUCAAGGUACUCAUUAGUCAGUUUAAUUUGCUCUUUUAUUUAUCAGUGAGUUUGUUAGUUUUGGUGAGUCCUGGAACUCAUCUUGUGAAAAAUCAGGAGUCCCAGUCCAGAACUAAUGAGUCCCAGUUAAAGAAAAAAAAAGUCCAAAAUUGAAAAUGCUUGGGCCUUUAUGUGACCAGACAGUUAAUCUGAAGACAGAGCCCAAAACUUUGUAUUAUGGCAUACUGAAAUUAAAAUAUACUCGUUCUAUUUUAAAGCACAACAAAGGUUAAAAGAAAUAUGCGUCGUUAAACAACAGCCAUAAUAACUGCCACAGAAAGUACACAAACAGGAUAUUUCUGCAAAUACACGUGUUCAGAUCAGUCAAUCAAUCUUUGCGUCUUAUGGGCUGCAUGCCAUGAAAUAUUUUGCAUCUUUGGGGAUUUUUUUGUGUCAGGGAUGCAGGAUGUAGAGGUAGUAAAAUCACUGAUUUACAAUCUUUAAUUCUAAAUUUGCAUCACUUCAGUAUUGUCAUUAUAAAUUAUGAACUUCUUCUGAUUGCUUGAGAUUCCAAGGGGUUGUAUCACAGCUGUCCAGUUUAUUUUGUUGAUAGUGGCAACGGUGGAUCCGUGUUUGCUAUGGAACUUCAGAAAUUACUCGUGAAUGACAAAACCAUAUAAUAAUAAUAAUAUUUAUAGAGAUAUCUUCUUGUCAAACAAAAUUAAUAUGUCUCGCAAGCAUUAUAUCAAACCAUAUUACAUGUUAUUAAAAUCCAAAACAAACUUUGAAUAACUGUUGGUUAUCAAGUUUUCAAAACCCACUAUUGCAAUCCACUUCAGUCUUCUUCAAUUUUUUCCAUUCUUGGCUCCUUUUGUAUUAAAAUAUUUUACUCUGUUAUUUCUACCUUAUUUUAAGGUUUUGACUUUUUGUUUCACUCAAUUUGGUGGCAGUUGCAACUGUUUGAAUUUUGUUUAAUUUUGCGAGACAGCUCCUUCAAUUAUCAAAUGAAUUUUCUUUAUAGGAAUCUCCUGUGUUCAGUUUGAUGACACAAGGAUAGCCAGUGGCUCAUACGACAAGACAAUCAGAGUGUGGGACAUUAAGAGCGAUGAUUCUGAUGUUGUUCUGACACUUGCUGGACAUUCUGGAACUGUGAGGUGUUUAAAUCUCAAUGGAAACAGACUUGUCAGUGGCUCAGUGGAUCGCUCCAUCAAGGUAAGCUCCAUGCUGCACUUCUGUAGUUUUGUUCUAUGGUUUCGGGGGCAAAUUAAAGAAGGGCAUUCCUUGAGUACCUGUGCCCUUCACAUUUGCACAUUGUACCUCGUUCAAACUCAGGUCCAAAGUAAGGAUUCUGAUAUGGAUGUUGGGUUUUGAAAAAACUGUAUGAAGCUCUAAGCGGCCUGUAUGUAUCUAUGUAUGAACUGGAUAGUCUGCCUUUUGUAAACUGUGGUGAUAUAUUUGCUGAUAGUUACAUUUUUGAGAUUUGUCACGGUUUUGAGAAUUAAUCAUCUCUCUUUUGAACACCUUUUAUCUACAAUUUUUAAACGUCCCCACUUGGGAUUUUAAAAUUAAAUUGAAACCCCUGGUGGCUAUCAGAUCAUUAAUUUUGUGGUAUCCUUUUAAUACCUUAGGUACAAAGUGUGUUACUGAAGAUACCCCUCCCCUGUCCCUCCUCCUUCACCUGUAUCACAUCCCAGAUAUCUAUAUUAUGUCUCUCUUUUGAAGUGCUUCUUUGCCACAUUGAGGUAAAUGGUAUCAGCUAUUGCAGAAUUAUAUCCCUGACUGUAUUUUUCUUUUCUUUUCUUGUCAAGGUUUGGGAUUUGUCAUUUGAGUCAUAUUGGAGUGGUGCUUCAUGCAAGGUCACCAUGAUUGGUCAUAUGCAUACAGUUCGCUGUCUUCAGGUAAAGAGACAGUUUUCAAGUAUAUAUUUCUUUUUCAAAGAAAAAAAUUCAAGCAGCCUAGAAAUAUUCCUAGCUGCUAAAAGCUCCAUAGAUCAGCUGAUACUAAAUCUAGUAACCAGUUAUUAAUUUGUAUGAAGUUAUGCAAAGUCAAAUUAAAUUGUGGUUUUUUCUUGAUGACCAGUCCUGUAGAAUCUGUGAAUCAUUAAGUUUUCUUAGUUUCAUGGUUCUCUCUGCCACUGCAGCUGAUGCUGCUACACAUACCCUCUCCCUCAUCUAAGGGGACCUCUAUAGAAGAAACAUUGUAAUGGGAGUGGUAGCAAGGGGGUGUUAAGGAAUUGUUGUUUGAAGUAAUUAAACUCUGAGGGUGUCCCACACAUUUUGACAAUGAUUGUAGCUUACUGAACAUAAAUGUUGGUACAUGUAGAAAAAGGACUUUGAGCCUGUCUGUAACCAUCUGAUUUUCUUUUUACUUAGGUUGAUGAUGAGAAGGUGGUUAGUGGCUCCUAUGACAAGACACUGAAAGUUUGGGAUAUCAAGACUGGUGACUGUCGGCUUACUCUCAGGUAAUUCAUACACAGUUCAGACUUUAAUCACUUAAUAAUAAAUAUCGUUCGAAUGGGUUGAUGUUUCCUACAAAUGGUUCACAAAGCCGUUCGAACAGGUUAAAAUUUCUAGCGAACAGGUGACCAAGCCAUUCAAAAGGCUGACGAACACCUUGUAAACGGAAAGCCAUGUGAAAACAGAAAGGCAUUAAUGUAGGUUUUCGGGUGAGAUGUCACAUAUGGUCAAGUCUGAUCUGUGAAGUCAUAGAUCAGAGAACCAAUGAUACUGUUGAUUGGAUCUCUUGAGUUCAUACCAGAUGUUCAAAUAAUGUUAAAUUUCCUUGAGUUUUGAGUGAUAGAUUGAUAGAGACUCUUUACUUUCAGGGGUCAUAAUGCAGCUGUACUCUGCGUCCAGUUUGAUGAUCAAAAAAUUGUGUCUGGGUCAUAUGACAAGACCAUCAAGGUAACAAAUAAAUAUCACCACAUAAAAGUACUGCUCUGUAGCUUUUUUAUUUCAAAAGUUAGAGCGAACUUGUAUAGCAUGAUAACAUAACCACAGAAAAGUUCCGCUCGGUAACUUUGAAUGCUGACACUUAUAAGGAUUUCGUUUACAGACUCAAAAGUUAGAAGCACUUUGUAAAGCAUAAUAAACAGAACCACAGGAAAGUACUGCUAAGUAGCUUUCAUCAUAGGCGUACGGGAAAUUUUUUGCCAGGGGGGGCGGUAAACCAUUUGCCCAAAAAAUCUCCUAAGUUGCCCAAAUUUUUACGAAAGAGUCGAAAAGAAAUGAGGGCCAUAUUGCAACAACAUAGGCCGUCCUGGCAUAUGAAGGUGGCUCGACACAGUUUUUCAGGGUCAAUACCAAGUCUGAGCAUAAACUGUGUCGCCAUAAACAAACAUUUGGAAAAAUUGCGACCACAGUGGUAUUAAGAUGAAAAUUUGGCAUUAUCAGGGCUGCAAUGACAUCGGAGUUGUCAUAGCAACGAAAUGACUCCAUUACCUAUUUUACUUCAGCAAUGAUUCUCGGUAUGGGAACCUUACAAAAUCAUUCACAGGAGCUUUUUUCUCCAAUGCGGUCGCCUCGAUGUUCGUGAAGUUUAAGCAAAACGAGAUAUCGAGUUAUCGAGAUAUUUUGCAAUGAAGUUUUUAUUAUUAGAAAUACGGUAAGAAAAGGAAAAUCUUGAUUUUUGGCCGUUGUCUGUAGAAAACGAGGCGCUUUUGUCCUGCAAUUUCACCUCAUAGUAGUUUUAAUCUUUUUAAAAACAUGUGUGAAAGAUCGUGGAGAUAGCUCUGCUUGAUUGCUAGAAUCGAAAGAAGGAUUUGAUUAGUAUGUAUCUAGACACUCUGGUUAGCGGUUUUGUAAACAUUUCGGUCUACUUUAACAAAUCAGCGAAUAAUUUUAAACCGCUCGAUAGAUUUUUUAAAGAAUUAAAAUUCUUCUCGUAAUUCAAACUGAGAAUUAGUCAGCCACUGCAGCCCCCCUCGCCCCCCCGGCCCUUAUGCCUAUGGCUUUCAUUUGAAUGUUAAACUUUAGGAUUUCAUCCGCAGACUCAAAAGUUAGAACCACCUUGCACAGCAUAAUAAACAGAACCACAGGAAAGUACUGCUUAGUAGCUUUCAUUUGAAUGUUAAACUUUAGGAUUUCAUCUGCAGACUCAAAAGUUAGAACCACCUUGCACAGCAUAAUAAACAGUACCACAGGAAAGUACUGCUCAGUAGCUUUCAUUUGAAUGGUCGCACUUUAGGAUUUCAUCCACAGACUCAAAAGUUAGAACCACCUUGUUCAGCAUAAUAGACAGUACCACAGAAAAGUACUGCUCGGUAUCUUUCAUUUGAAUGGUCACAUGUAAGUCACAAUUUUGUUGUUUAUACUUGUGUCACAGGUGUGGAGUCUUGCUGAGGGAUCCUGUUUAAUGACAUUAACAGGCCAUCAUGAUGCAGUCACCUGUUUGAAUUUAGCAUUUGACAGCAGAAAAGUCAUCAGUGGGUCUCUGGAUCAUAAUCUGAAAUUUUGGGAUCUACGGAAUGGAAAAGUUAGUGCAAAGCCCUCUGACUAGCAGAACUGUUACUGAAUAUAGAGGAUAUUAAAUGGCUGUGCAGAGAUAUGAAAUUUCUCCCAAAGAGUUGAAAAACUUUCUAUCAGUGAGUGCAGCAAACAAGUGGAAUAUUUUUGAACUCGAGAAGAGAAAGUUCGUAUCUCCAAGCAGCCAUGUAAUGUUCUAUUUAUUAUAUAAACACCAAUGAAAUACAAAACCAUUUCACUUUAAUUUUUUUUGGUGUAAAAGGUGCAGUGUAUUAUGUAGCCAUAGCAACAGUGAUCUUUUCACAUGUGAAGAUAACAUGUUUUCGUGCAAAAGCUCACCUGGUAUUUCAAUUGUUUUUACAUAAUGAAUUAUGUUUAGUGGUCAGGGAUUUGAACUUCCCUGUUACAUGUCCAAUUGUGUUGAUGCCGCAACAAUACUUCUGAAAAAAAAGAAGAACANGGAUCCUGUUUAAUGACAUUAACAGGCCAUCAUGAUGCAGUCACCUGUUUGAAUUUAGCAUUUGACAGCAGAAAAGUCAUCAGUGGGUCUCUGGAUCAUAAUCUGAAAUUUUGGGAUCUACGGAAUGGAAAAGUUAGUGCAAAGCCCUCUGACUAGCAGAACUGUUACUGAAUAUAGAGGAUAUUAAAUGGCUGUGCAGAGAUAUGAAAUUUCUCCCAAAGAGUUGAAAAACUUUCUAUCAGUGAGUGCAGCAAACAAGUGGAAUAUUUUUGAACUCGAGAAGAGAAAGUUCGUAUCUCCAAGCAGCCAUGUAAUGUUCUAUUUAUUAUAUAAACACCAAUGAAAUACAAAACCAUUUCACUUUAAUUUUUUUUGGUGUAAAAGGUGCAGUGUAUUAUGUAGCCAUAGCAACAGUGAUCUUUUCACAUGUGAAGAUAACAUGUUUUCGUGCAAAAGCUCACCUGGUAUUUCAAUUGUUUUUACAUAAUGAAUUAUGUUUAGUGGUCAGGGAUUUGAACUUCCCUGUUACAUGUCCAAUUGUGUUGAUGCCGCAACAAUACUUCUGAAAAAAAAGAAGAACAAUUUCUAUCAAACUCAAGUGGCUCCACCCAAACAUUUGGCCAAUCAUGAGUCACAUUCACAAGAAAUGAGUCUCGCUAAAGACGCUUGUUAGUUAAUAGGGUGAGAAUAUUGAAUCAGAUAACAUAAUUCAAACCAUGAUUUUUAAAAAAGGUAAAUUUUGACAUUGUUGUUUAUUGCUUUUAUGGUAUGAGUGAUACUAAGGGUCUUAUGAUGUACUUCUUUUUUUUCUCAGUUUUUAUUUUUAUUUUUAUUUAUUUAUUUUUUUUUUUACAUUAUUUUUCAGUGUAUUGGUACAUUGGAUUGGAUUAGAUCUGAAGGACACACUGGUGUCAUAAGGUACAAAUAAUAAUUAAUUACCUUACGUUCUUAUGUCACUGUUUUAAGACCAUGUUGCUUGUCAGAAUUUUUCGCUAACAGGGCCUCCUUCCUGGGAAACAUUACUAAUAUUAUAAUGCCCUAUUCUAGAUCGGCAACCAUAAAUAAUAUUUAUUAAUACAACCUUUCCGAAGCAGGAAAUCGUAGGCUUUCUUGGAGGACCAUACCCUUUGGCUUAGUAGCAAUGUUUAACUGCCUUCUACAUUAACUUUGUUUACAAAGAGGAAUUCGUGUCCUUUUUCAGGUGUCUUCAGACUGACAGUUGGAGAAUAGUGAGUGCUGGCGAUGACAAAACUCUAAAGGUAUUUACCAAGUCAAGUCUAAAGCUGCCCCCUUGGUCAUAAUAGACCCCUUCAUGGUUUUUUCAACUUUUUGACAUGGACACGUUAGGGAAAAUCUAGUUACACUGUUGGGAAGAGCACCUUAAAGUUAGUACACUUGCCAAGUUUGAAAGUGAUUCGUACGUCUUAAGUGAGUGAAGUUAUAGUUCUACAAAGUUGUGUAAAUUUACAGACGUUUGUAUUGUGGUUGGCUCAAACUUGCUCCCACCGUUCAAACAUCUGUAAAUUCUUGCAACCUUGAGGAGCUGUAUCUUUGACUGUUUUCAACAAAUCAUUUUCAAACUUGGCAAUUUUUCUUACAUUUAAAGGCACUGGGUCAAUGGAUUUUCCCAAAGAUAUCCAUGUCAAAGGUUGAAAAAAACUGUGGAAGGGUGUCUACCAGCAGACACCAGAGAUUAGAGAAGUGUGGUUAUUGGAGAUUUUAAGACAGAAUCCACCAGGAAAUUGAGUAAUUUUAAUUUUCAGCGGAUAAUACCAUUGUACCAGAAUAAUUUAAAGAAUUGCAUUGUUUUUUGCAUUUUUCAAGGGCUAUAGAUGUAAUUAGUUAUCUGUAAUAACACCAAAGAAAAUUUCCUAUGGAAGCCCGAGAAAAUAAAUGUCAAAUUUCAAAAGAAUUGUGAAAACACAGGUGAAAUUCUGAAAAUUUCAUGAGCAAGGUGUCAUCUUGUAAAGUUUGACAUUUAUUUUCUCGGGCUCCCAUAAGAAAUUUUCUUUGGUGUUCUUACACAUCUAUAGGCCUUGAAAAUGUAAAAAAGAAUGCAAUAUGCUUUAAAUUUUUCUGGUACAAGAUUUUUGUCCACUGAAAAUAAAAAUUACUUAGUUUGCUGAUGGAUUCUUUCUUUUUCUUGGGUGGCUUUUGGGGGAUCAACCCACCAGGGCUUAGAAGAUACGCACUUCUGGUAAUUUGUUGAUUUUCAUUGGUGGCCCAGAACAAAGAUAUCGGUUCUGCUUCACAGACUAAACUAACCAAAGUUAGAUUACAUCUGUGCUGCAGGUUAACUGACCUAACUUAUGCACCGAUCAAUUCGAAGCUCCAGCACCCCCCCCCCCUCCCCUGGCAAAACCCAAGGCAUCUACCCAUCACUUUUCCCAGGGGAGGGGAAAAUUUGAACAUUGCCAAGAGGGGGUGGGGAAUUUCAAACAGAAAUGUCAAGUUUAACUUAAAGUUUUACUUUUUUGGAUGGUCCGAUUAUGCAAAGUUGUCUCGUGUUUNUCACAUGUCUACAGUUCAAUGACUACAACAUUGUGUCAGGCUCCUAUGACAAGACUGUGAAACUUUGGGACUUCACCCCAUCACAUGAAUUUUUGACACCUGGUUAAGCUAGACUUAUUUAAUUUUCAACAGGAAAAACUGAUAUAGAGAUUUGUAAGAAAAAAUUGCUCUAGUUUAGGAUAUCACCUUGACUUUGAACUCACAUCGCAUGCCAAACAGAGCACUGACUGGUUGGUAGUUUUUAGGUAAAGGACAGCACCUAAUUAUGUGAAUUGUACUGAAGCAAAGUACUGCUCCUUCAUUUUACACGCUUCUCUGGUUUAAAGUUUCCUAUUGUAGCAGAGUUCUAGGAGUUUGAUGUAUGAAGGAACAACAUGAUUAGAAGCUUUGAACAAACAAAAGCAUUUGUGAUUUGACUGGUUGAUAGCUACCACUUUUUUACUUGGUGGUUUAACUCUUUAAACCCUAAGAUCAAAAUUCGAAUUCUCAUCUGUUGCCCCUACUCAUUUCCUACUGAAGUAGUGGGGAGAAGUUGAUAAAAUCUCAAUUAAAUUCAUCUUGUGUGAUCAUGUCCAUAAUUCUCAUGACCACUCUGUUUUACAAAGCAUUGAUGUCACAAGGAGAAAUUUGAUGCUGAUCAAAGGGUUAAAAAGAAAAAAAUUAGUUUACAUACCGUAAACUGCUGCUCAUAAACCCUGGGCCUGUACAGCUUAUUAACCCUUUGAGUGCCAAUGGUGACCAACAACAAUUUUCUCCUAACAAUAUCCAUACAUUGUCAAGAGAUUAGGUUAUGAGAAUUAAUAAAAUGAUCACCAAAGGGAAAAUGCCUUAAUCUUUGAACAAAUUCUCUCCACUCAUUCAUGAAGAAAAUGUAUGGAGAUCAGUUUGGAGAAUUGGUAUGUGGAUAUUGGGGCUUAAAGGGUUAAGGAGUUUUAGGUGGGCUUAUAAACAGGGGGGCUUAUAACAUGAAUAGAAAAAGCUCUUCGAAACAAACUUUACCAGUA